UCUUCGAGUAGGAGGAUCCAUACGCGGGCCGGCAGAGAGGAGGAGGAGGCGGCGCCAUUUUGUUCGGUUCUAGCAGCCUGUAACGGAAGAGGGUUACGGGUUUGGUUAGGGCUGCGGCGUCCCCUUUCCUUCCGCUCUCCGUUUAUUACCUGCGGCAUUUUGUUUGUUUUCCCCCCUCUUGUUCCUGGUCAGACGCCGUCCUAGCUCGGGGCCAUGGCAGACGUUGAUAAGCUAAACAUCGACAGCAUCAUCCAGCGGCUGCUAGAAGUCAGAGGAUCGAAACCUGGAAAAAAUGUACAACUUCAAGAAAAUGAAAUUAGAGGUCUUUGCCUGAAGUCUCGAGAAAUUUUCCUCAGUCAGCCAAUUUUGCUGGAGCUUGAAGCUCCUCUUAAAAUAUGUGGUGAUAUUCAUGGACAAUACUAUGAUUUACUAAGACUUUUUGAAUAUGGCGGUUUUCCACCUGAAAGUAACUACUUGUUUCUUGGUGACUAUGUGGAUAGAGGGAAGCAGUCCUUAGAGACAAUCUGUCUCCUCUUGGCAUACAAAAUUAAAUAUCCAGAGAACUUCUUCCUCCUUAGAGGCAAUCAUGAGUGUGCCAGCAUUAACAGAAUCUAUGGGUUUUAUGAUGAAUGUAAAAGAAGAUAUAAUAUUAAACUAUGGAAAACCUUCACAGACUGCUUCAAUUGUUUGCCAAUUGCUGCCAUAGUGGACGAGAAGAUAUUUUGCUGCCAUGGUGGCUUAUCUCCUGACCUGCAGUCAAUGGAACAGAUCAGACGAAUUAUGCGUCCUACUGAUGUUCCAGAUCAGGGUCUCUUAUGUGACUUACUCUGGUCUGAUCCUGACAAAGAUGUUCUGGGCUGGGGUGAAAAUGACAGGGGCGUAUCGUUUACAUUUGGAGCUGAGGUUGUUGCAAAAUUUCUCCACAAACAUGACUUGGAUCUUAUUUGCCGUGCUCAUCAGGUAGUUGAAGAUGGCUAUGAAUUCUUUGCCAAACGGCAGUUGGUAACUCUCUUUUCUGCCCCAAAUUACUGUGGGGAGUUUGACAAUGCUGGAGCAAUGAUGAGCGUAGAUGAAACCUUAAUGUGUUCCUUCCAGAUUUUAAAGCCUGCAGAGAAAAAGAAGCCCAAUGCAAGCAGACCUGUAACACCCCCAAGAGGCAUGAUAACAAAACAAGCAAAGAAAUGAGUAUCAUCUGGUCUACUUGGACUUGUAUUAUAGUAUAUAAUCUCACUUUUUUAAAUUGUGUAAUGUGUAUCGACCGGUCAGUUACAUCCAGCUAGAUGUCUGUGGCUUUUAUUUUUCCUUACUAUUGUUUGUCUUUUUUCUGUUUGUUUUAAUGAGUUGUAUUUGCUUCUGCAAUCACUGCUUUUCAUCAAGCUGUUCUUUUGUAUCUGAAAGCACAUUUUAGCUUCUUUGAAGAUUGGUUUCUCUUUACCCAGUGUUACUGUACACUCCAGACCUUUUAAUCUCCAUUAUAACCUAUACCUUUGUACAAUCCACUCAAUUGUGAAUGCUUGUUAUUUAGUACCUUUGAGGGUACUCAUGAGUUGGCAAGGAUCGUGUCACUAUCAUUUGCAUACUGUUUAUACAAACCACUGUGAACAUAUAUAUUCUUUUAAAGGGAGUUUUGUCACACCCACACUUGUAUAGCUGUCAAUGAAUGAAUUCCCUUUAUUUUGCCAGCAUCACUGGUUUGAUGUAUAUUUAAUUAAAAGCACAUUUUCCGUACUGUAUACUUUGAAAUUAAAGCCAUUAUUUUAA